ACCCGGAAUAACCUUUGCAUAUUUGGACCGGCCCGCCUCCGGAGCAUGUGCCUCCGCCCACCAGCGGGUUCAGCUCCGCCCUCACGGCCCGCCAAGCUGCGGGAAUCAGCUGAUCUCAGGCUGGGACGGUCACGUGGCCGGGGCGCGCCCGCCCGUUGUGGCCAUGGAAGCCGCGGUUUCUAGUGUGGUGAGGCGAGUGGAAGAGCUCGGUGACCUGGCUCAAGCCCACAUACAGCAACUGAGCGAAGCCGCGGGUGAAGACGAUCACUUUUUAAUUCGGGCCUCUGCAGCUCUAGAAAAGUUGAAACUCUUGUGUGGAGAAGAGAAAGAAUGUUCGAAUCCAUCCAAUCUUCUAGAACUUUACACGCAGGCUAUUUUGGACAUGACAUAUUUUGAGGAAAACAAGCUAGUAGAUGAAGAUUUUCCUGAAGACUCUUCUUCACAGAAAGUAAAAGAACUGAUUGGUUUUCUUUCAGAACCAGAAAUUUUAGUUAAAGAAAAUAAUAUGCACCCAAACCACUGCAGUUUGCUUGGGGACGAGCUAUUGGAAUGUCUCUCUUGGAGACGAGGAGCCCUACUGUAUAUGUAUUGUCACUCUCUGACUAAAAGAAGAGAAUGGCUCUUGAGGAAAUCUAAUUUACUUAAAAAGUACCUUGUUGAUGGGAUCAAUUACUUGCUACAGAUGCUAAACUAUCGGUGUCCUAUCCAGUUAAAUGAAGGAGUUUCUUUCCAAGACCUAGACACAGCUAAAUUACUGAGCGCAGGAAUAUUUAGUGAUAUCCAUUUGCUGGCUAUGAUGUACAGUGGAGAAAUGUGCUACUGGGGUUUGAAGCAUUGUGGAGAUCAACAGCUAGAUAAUCAUGAAUUGGAUACUGGUAUUUCUGGAGCCAGCUGUACUACGCAGAAAGAACCCUUGGAUUUUCGAGAAGUAGGAGAAAAAAUAUUGAAAAAGUAUGUAUCUGUGUGUGAAGGACCCCUGAAAGAACAAGAAUGGAAUACAACAAAUGCAAAGCAAAUUUUAAAUUUCUUACAGCAUCGCUGUAACUAGUAGCUCAUCUAGUCCUUUUCAGUGAGAAAGACAAAAAGAUCCAUGAAAUGGGAAAAAAGUUUCAGAAAAGAAGACAUAUUAUUCUAAAAAUAUUACACUACAUAAAGCUAGCCAGUAUGUUUAGGUCCUCUUUUUUAUAAUACUAUCAUCAUCUUUCAUUAUAUAUUCUUAAGCCUAUGUAGAAAUGAUUCUUUAAUUUCUAAACUGGUGUAUAUAUUAUUCCAUUUCACUUUGAACUAGAUAUCCUGUCACUAGUAAGGAAAACUCAAGUUAACUUUAGUAUGAUUUUGUUUUUCUGUGUUAGGUUAUUUUAAAUUGUGAUAAAGUUUAUGUAACACGAAAUUCAAUCUUCCUUGUCUUAAAGUUUGCCAUGCUUCAAAUAUUAAAAUCAGUUCGCUUCAUUGCUUUGACUACAUAGUGAUAUAAAUGUAAGCAAAAUGAAAAAUUAUGACUAAUGUUUAGACUUCAUUUGUAAUAAUGUGCGUAGCAAAAGGCUCCACAAAAGAAUCAUUUAUGUUUAUUUUGCUGUGUAUUAAUAGUCUUGUUUAAAAUUUUUACUUGUUUUAGACAUUUUAUAAAAAUGUAAAAAUUAUUUUCCUAUUUUAUUUAAAAUGCAUGUUUCCUCAAGUAAUGAAGAUAAAAAUAACUUAGGUUAGUUCAUACACUAUUAGAAUAUAUGUUUUCAUACUGUUUUGAAAUUUUAAUAUUUUUUACUUUCAGUAGUUGCUGAAAUACUUAAGUUCAAGGAGCCUAAGUUGAUAACUUGCUUACUGUCUUUCUCUCUACCUCAGUUCCUACUGUUACCUUGGGCUAAUCUAUCUGAAACCUUGCUGUAAAUGAGACUUCUGCCCAAAUGACUUUCUCACAUUCCAAAAUCUUUCUCCGUGGUUACACCUGAGCCCCAGCUAUCCUGAGUUAGACUUUCUAAAAUUUUCAAUUUCAGUAACUGACAACAAUUCUUAUCCUGCCAGCUAUUUUAGUCUUUAACAUUACUGAAUUUUCUUUUUACUUUUAUUCUGUAGUCUGUAGCUUCUUCACAGCCUGCUUUUCUUCAGUGCUCUCUUUACUAGUACACUAUCAUCCUUUUCAGAUGUUUUGGCUUCUCUGUGUACAUUCAGCUUCAUGUAGGCACCUUAGAAACUGCUGUUACCAGUUGCUCCCUCUUCUGUCUUGUCGUUUAGCCAACUCAUUUUAUAAGCCCUCAACAAUGAAUCAACUCUUAACAAACUUUGUCUAGGAUACUUCAUGGGAAAAACAUAAAGUCAUUCAAAGCGGAAUCACUAAAGGUAUCUCACUUGAGCUUUUGAAGAGCCAUCACUAUAAGCCUUUGGUUUUUCAUCAGGUUGGCCUUUAUAUCUUGUCCCAUUGUGACUGAGUCUGAAAUUUCAUUUUUUUUCAGGCUUUCUCCCUUUCUCCCUACUGUACAGAAAACAGGCUUAACAUCAGCUGAUACUAGCCAAAGUUACUCCCCCCAUUUUAUAGAAAAAGAAGUCAUUUGCUUCCCAUUGAAGGUUAAUCUAUGCUACAAGAUUUCAUCUGUGCUAUUUCAUUUCUCUUGUUGCUUCUCAUUUUGUACCUACUGUUUUACUAUAUUCAUCUUUACUAAAGUUCAAUUCUCUCUUUCCUGUCUCUUUCUCUCCUUUUACUUUAAAUAAUAUUGUUAUAUCAUUUACAACAAUUGCUUUUUCUACUACCUAUAUCAGGCUAACUCAAAAUAGUACUAGAACCCCAGCUUCCCUCACUUAGACAAACAACCCCUGUAAUUUUAGGUUCAUUGUAUCAAAACAAAUCCUUAUCUUCCAUGCAGAAUGUUUUAUGGUUCAUGUUUUUCUCAUUUUUGAUCAACUAUAGAGCAGGAAAACACAAAAUGCCUGCCUUCCCAACCUCAUUUAUACCAUCAUGUUCCAGUCCAGUGUUCCUCAAACACUGAAUGUGUAAGCUCCUUUUUGGUAAACAUAUAAUAUUCUAAAAGAGCCUUUGGGGCCAAGAGAAGCACCCCUUAUCCCUGCCCAGGUAGGGUUAUCCCUUUGGCUUAUCCUUACAUGGGCAAGAUGAUUUUUAUUUAUUGUAGCAGAUUGUGUUAUGAAAAUACCUUUGUGUUUCCUAAGUAUAAAGAUCUAAAUCAUUUUUAAUAUGGUUUCUAAAAGCACAGACUGUCUCCUUCUCUUUGGAGAAUGUGAUCAAUCCGGUACUUCCAGUUCCUUCCCCAAAUGUACUUGUCCUUUUUCAACCUCAUUACUUUUUAGACAUCGUUACUUCUGUUGCCCUUCUUUGUGGCCAAAUAAAUGCACGCUUAUCUUUUAGGACGCAGGUUCAGUAAUACUGUGUCCAAAGGAUUUUUUUUCAGCUCUUUCUUGUCAAAACUAGAUGCACCUUUGUUAAGUUUCCUUAGUUGUCUGCUCCCAUAUUAAUGAAAUUAACCUUGUUGCUUUAUAUGCAUGCCAUAUUUUAAAACUUCACCUUUAUAUAUACUGUCCAAUGCAUGGUAGGCCCUUUUGAUGUUUUCUUUUUAAAUUAAUGAGGCAUGAUUCUAAGUGCCAAAUCGCACAAAAGAGUUGCUGCUAUUAGAUUCCAAACUGCCAUCCCCUCUUCACCAGUGGCUGACAGACAUAUUCACACCUUGCAGAAGUAAAGUAUUACUAGAUUCUAAACUUGUGGAAACAAGAAAAUUUUAUCUUAAGAAACUAGGAGGUUCCAUUUGUCAAUUCACUGGUUGGUUCAAUUAUGGGGGUAUUACUGGGUGCUUUUUAUAGCUAUUGCAUCCUGGAAUCAUUUGGAGAAUAACAGUUACAAAUGCUAUUUAUUCUGGUGUAUUAUAAACAUCAUCUUUCUGUAUAUGCAAAAGCCUGCUAAAUAAUUUCUCUUUCAUUUAGAAUGAAAUAACCUCAAUUUACCAAACACUCCAUAUAGUGAAAGUACUAUAAUUUAUUCAUUCAUUUGGUUAACUAUGUGUGCCUACUCUAUGUCAUAUUUUGUUUUGAGUACUGAGGAUAUAGUUUGUAAACACACUCCUUUUUCAGAACUUGUGGAGAAAGUUAGAUAAAGGAUUUUAAGAAACAGCAUGUUAAGUGGUGAAUACUGUGAAGAAUACAGCAGGAUAAAGGUCUAAUGUGACUUGGCUAUGGGUGCUAUUUUAUUUAGAAUGAUUGGGAAGGCACUUCUAAUCACCGGUCCACUGCUUUAGCAUUUGUGUCUUCAGAUUCUGCCCUGUUGGCCAAAUACCUUGUAUAUUUAGUGCAUUUACAAAGUCAUUCUUUCUUAGAGAUGUUCUGAUAAUAAAGAAUAAGAAACUACUUAUAACCUCUUUUUGUUAUAUUUAAGGUAUUUCUCUUCAGUGUGGGCUUUACUAAUGGGUGUUACCUAAAGAUUUAGUUAUAUUUUUACACUUGGGGUUUCUCUUCAGCUUAAAUUUUCUGGUUACUAAAAUUUAAACUGUAGUAAAUUAUUUUUCAUAAUGUUUACACUCGUGUGAUUUUCCCAGUAUGAAUUUUCUGACAUCAGCUGGACUUAAGACUUGGUUAAAGAGGCCAGCGAUAUAGCUCAGCGGCACAGUGCCUGCCUGGCAAGUGCAGGGUCCUGAGUUCAAUUCACAGUACCAAAAAGAAAAAAGGAAAAAAAGAGAGAAAAAGAAGAAAGAAAACAAACCACGCCAAAACUUAAGCUCUUACUUUCCUACAUUUGUAAGGUUUCUAACUAUGUGAAUUCAUUGAUGCUGACUAAAGUGGAAAUACAACUUUUUCCUUAUUCCUUUGCUUACAGUACACUAGAGGAGAAUUGUGGCUAAACCUCACCAUAAAAUUGUAUUCCUACCUUAACAGUCUCUUGUGAGUUCUCCGAUACUCAUUACAGUGUGAGCUGUAUCAAAGGCAUUCCCAGAUUCAUUUUAAUGCCAUUUAAAAAAACCCACAGGUGAUUAAUAUGCUAAUCUUAGAUUAUCUCUUUUCUCUCUCUACCUUCCCUUUUCUAUCUCCAGUAAGGAUACCCUACCUGCCACAGAAUCCAGAAUUCUGCAGUCCUUUUGUCACUUCUUUGUAUGUCUUUUUAACACAGUAUGAAAUACCAUGUUAAAAAAGUAUUACAUUAAGAAGAUACAUUUAAUAGUCAUAAUCAAAGCAUGCAUUAUGUAUUUAUAUUACAACUUUCUGUUUUGUUUUUCCUACUACUAGUGAAAAUUUCCAAGUUCAAUGUUUUGGAUUACAUAAUUUUUUAAAAAUAAAAUCAUAUUCCUCUA